AUGAAGAGCUCGACCGACCCGGCACCCAUCAAGCACCAGGGUCAGGAUGACCAAUUCUUCUGGGCCUACACAGAGGAGCCUCACCGUUCCCGUCGCAUGGCCAUCAUCAAGGCUCACCCCGAGGUGCUCAAACUGUGCGGACCCGAGCCCUUGACCAUUCCACUUGUCCUCGCCGUGGUAGGUCUUCAAUGCACCUGCGCCUACCUCCUCAGCAACACUCCUUUCUGGUCCUGGCGCUUCUGGCUCACCGCCUACAUCAUUGGCGCAACUGCCAACCAGAAUCUCUUCCUGGCCAUCCAUGAAAUCUCACACAACCUUGCAUUCAAAUCUGGUCUGGCGAACCGUCUUCUCGCUAUCGUUGCGAACUUGCCAAUCGGCAUUCCCUACUCGGCCUCUUUCAGACCCUACCACUUGACUCACCACAAAUCGCUCGGCGUCGAUGGCCUCGAUACCGACUUGCCUACUGCCUUUGAAGCUUUCUUCCUCGACUCCAUCGCCGGCAAGGCAUUCUUCUGUACCUUCCAGAUCCUGUUCUACGCUCUACGACCCAUGAUGGUCUACCAGAUCCCUUUGACCAAGAUCCACGCACUCAACGUUGUCGUUCAACUACUGUUCGAUUAUGUCCUUAUCCAAUCAUGGGGCGGCAAAGCUGUGGGCUACUUCAUCUUGAGCAGUUUCCUGGCCGGAUCUCUGCACCCCGUGGCUGGCCACUUUAUCGCCGAGCACUACGUCUUCGACCGUGCUGCCAUUGAGAAUAAGCAGGCGCGCGACCCGAAGCAGCACAUCCCGAUUCCCGAGACUUUCUCGUACUACGGACCUCUCAAUCUCCUGACCUACAAUGUCGGCCUGCACAAUGAGCACCACGACUUCCCUGCCAUUCCCUGGACCAGACUCUGGAAGGUCAACGAGAUUGCCAAGGAGUUCUACCAGGACCUGCCCUACCACCGUAGCUGGGUUGGUGUCAUCUGGCAGUUCAUCUUGGACAAGGAAGUUGGCCUGUGGUGCAGAGUCAAGCGCAAGGAGGGCGGAAGAAAAGUCGGUGCUUGGAAGGAAGAAGAGAUCCAAAACUGA